ACAUUAGGGAUGCAUGUCAAAAUAGCAACCUUGUAUUACCACACGACCAUAUUUUGGGUUUUGGAUAUCCCAAACGUCUUGAAAUCCAAUUUCCUUCCAGAACGAUAUCUUUAGUAAAUCCUCAGUACCAGUCAAAGCAAUCAUUUGGUACGGAACGGAAAAUCUUCCCUGCACCAAAUCAUAAUCCACUAGGAAUUUAGGAGCAAAUCAUCUAGACGUCUAGACUCCACAACUGGCCACUUGAAAGCCUUUACUCAUCCUAGAUAGCUGAUUAAAUGUGCUACGUCAAAGCCCACUCGCUUGGCCUCGCCUUGUCCAGAAUCAACCCCUUCCCCUUGUUCUCUCCCCAAAUCUCCAAAUUAAACGUCCUAUUUACCUCAAACAAUUACAAUGUCCCGAGGUACCCCAUCUCUUCUUACUUGCUCUGACUUACAGGGCUGAAGGAGAUGUGCGAUGCAACUAACAGAUAAGUCAUGUAACCAUUUUCCUUGAUCAUUUUUGUUAUUCUUUUCUCCUCGUGUUUGUCAUAUCUUCGAUCUCUUCUCGAUUUCUCCCUCUGGUCAAGAGUAUCCCACUCUUUUGAUUUCUCUGCUUCUCCGCGAUUUGUUCUCGCGAUUCAAGGGUCUCCUGGUGUUACCUCUUCAUUCCUUUGAGAAAUAUAUUCGAUCAAUAUACUCGUUUCACCGUUUACAUCAAUCACAUCACAGUUCACCAUCGUCAACAAAAAUACUCGAGUAGACCCAUUUUAUCGGUUCAAAAAGGCACAAAAGUUCAGGCUCAGACCCAGGUAUACAGUAUGUCGAAAAACAUAACUAGGUCGAAGUCGGUGAUGUCUCGGUUUAGAGGUCGAGAUGCAACAGCCUCUAGUGCUUCACUUCAUGUUACAGAUGAUGCACAGGGCAGGGAUAUCAAUAGCAAUACAUUCCAAAAAUUCGAACUUGGUCGCGAAGACCGGCUUAAACUUCCACAGCGACCAUCAACUUCAGGUGGAACAAAGAAAUCGAUAGGAAAUUUCCCCAAGAGGGCUCAUACUGUCAAGAGAGAAACACGGGACGAUCUAUUUUUCAACCCUUUGACAGCACAUGGGAUAGACGGUCCUACGUUUUAUAAAUUUCCUUUACCUUCUACUCGACCCCCACCUUCACCAGUUGUACCAGCUGUGCCCCCAAUGGCUGCACCUUCACCACGACCUUACAGUCCUGAUUCUAUCAAGACAAGUAGGACUCUUCGACCUAACGUUAGUGAACUUGAGAUUGGUAUGGCACUUGGAAGUCCUUCACACCCACCAGAAAACUGGCAACAAGGGCAACAAUCCCUCGGAAUGGAACCAGUCCGUACUCUGGAUCCAAUGGACGACAUGUCUCAUUAUGCCGAUUCUAUUGCUGCCCCGAAGCAAAAGAAAGGUCGAAAGUGGUUUGGCUUAUUUGGAAGUAAGAAGGAAAAGACACCUGCAACAUUCUAUCAACUGAAACCAGAAUCACAACAAGAAAUCCCUACGAGCGAUCCUUCCUCACCAGAGACUAAACGUACUGGUAGAUCUCGUGGUCGUUCAACUUCUAGUAAGACUGGUAAGAAACCUGAUAUGAAAAGAUCGCAAACGGCACCAACGACACCAGGUUUACAACCUUCAUUCCAACCUUCAACUUCAACAAGUAUUCGAGCAGGAACUCCAGAUAUUCGUGUUCAAGGUCCGAUUGGGGUAGAAGUUUUACGAUCAUACCCUAAAGUAUCACCCGAAGGACCAAAACUUGAUCUUGCACUUCCUUCGGUACAGAUGGAAAGGUAUAGUGUUAUGUUUGGGGAUAUCUUACAGAAACCUUCUACCACCACUUCCUCAUUACUUCAAAGACGUCAAGCAACACUCGAUAGACUUAAGAGUGUUGAAGAAGCACUUGCGAAUAAGGAAGCAGAACUUGAGGCUCGUACAAGAGCACUCACCAAACGUAGGGCUACCUCACCGCAACCACAUCACAACAGCCCAUCUUUCUCUCUCUUUCCAAGCACACCCUCAAGACAAGGCAAUCGUGAAAGCUCACCAACAAGAGAAAAGUCGUCGCUAAAUAGAUCCAACACCUCACCCGCCGCCCUAUCUCCCUCUAGACCUUCAUUCGCCCCAGGUUUAGAUAACGAUCUCCACGCCAAUCUUGUGAUUGAUGACGAAACCUCCACUAAUCGGCGUGGACAUGAACAUAACGAUUCUUCAUCAAGUUCAUCUACUCAAAAACCACGCAAACAAUCAACAAGAUCAUCAUCGAGUUCUCCAAGAUCGAGACCUCAACUCCAAUCAGCACGUACGUGGUCACCAGAUGAAUCUCGGCUUUUAUCUCCAUCGUCCGCUGAAGAAUCAGAAGCCGAUGCACGUUCUAUGAGUGGUCAAGAGAGAGAAGAUUUAUAUACCGCAUCGCAAAUAACAGCAACCAAAUCAAGGUUUGAGGAAAGGGAACCCACAUGGCAGAUGAUCAGUUCCAAGAAACAAAAUCACGGAGCCCCAUCUUCGAUAUCGGGAUCGACGACGAGUGAAGCUAGCACGGUAUCAUCAUCACAUUCUACUUCCUCAUUCUCAAGUGUCCCCGGUGGUUUCACUACAAACACUAUACCCAUAAUGCUCGAGCAAGACAAAGUGAGAGAAAGAGGUUCGAGGAAAACAUCACCAACACAUAUUCAACCUCCUCAAAAGAGUAAAGAAACGAAAAUACCUGUUAAAUCUAGUCCUGGACCACGACCAAUUAUUUCAGCUUUCAAUACCACCACUCGAUCAUCAGAAAAUGCACCUCGUCCUAUCCUCAAAUCACCCAUAUCCGAAGAUCAAGAUCUGAGACCUAGACCCAGACCCUCAAUCCAACAAUCAUCAUCCAGUACCUCUCUCAUCUCACCUCGUACCUCACUCCAAAAAUCCCCCAUGUCAUCAUCCACCACCUCAAUCUCCUCACCCCGAAAAAUUCACCUCCCCGCCUCUCCCCACCCCUCACGCACUACUUCCACCAACUCCCCCCUCCCUUCACCCGCCACCCACCAAAAACAAGAAUCCACCUCCUCUAUCACCCCCUCCCUCCUCUCCCUCCAAUUCGACGACGACCCAAUCUCCCUCUCCGUCCCACACUCCCGCACGCGAGACCCCGAACAAAAACGUCUCGAAUCCGCCGCCGGCGUAUCCAUCGCGCGCCAAAUCUCCGUCUCAAGACAACAGCGUCAAUUACUCAUCCCGAUUAAAACCAGCGGCACGCUAUCGAAACGCAAUUGCGGGAAAUCUCCUGCUCCUUCUGGGCUCCGAACCCCGAGUUCUGGGACUGGGAAUGCGAAGAAGGAAAUUACGGGUGAGGAUGUUAAUGCGAAGAUGGGAUCCCCGCUGGAAAGUGUGGCGGAGUUGAGUUUGAGGGGGAGUGGGUUGGCUUCUUCUUCUGCUUCUUCUUCUUCUUUCUCGUCUUCGUCGCAAGGACAAUAUGGAAGUGGAAGUUCGGGAAAUGGAAACGCACACAGGAUAGAAAUGGAAAUCGCUAUCCCCAGCGACAUCAAAGUAAAACAAAUCUCCAAACCCUCCACCCCAACACUCGUCCUCGUCCCCGGCAUCGAAGAACAAUGGGGAGCAGGAAUCGCCAGUUCCGGGGGCUUGAUGAGUAGUAAAGAGAGAGUCGAAGCGAUGAUGAAAGGGAGUCGUGGGAGUCCGCUGCUGGCACAGCAGGGGUGGGAGGAACAGGGGGGGAAAAUGUUGAGCGCGGUGCCGAGGACGGAGUUGGGGACGGGGCAUCAGCAUAGGAGGAGUGAGAGGGUGGUUGUGGUGGAGGUUUGA